GUCGCCGGCGUUCCCGGCGUAGUCGUGAGGAUGCUGCCUGCUGUCGGGCGGCUUUAUCUAAACUUGGGCGGCACGAAGAGUCUCUCGCGAUACAUCGAGAGGUCUAUGCUACCCUCAAGACCAUCGAGAAAACUGAUGAUCGGGCUAAGCGUGACUUGUUGCAUUCGGCCUUGCAAUUGGCCUCCGCUCUCAUCGCCCCUGGGAUUGAUCUUUACUCCGAAGCCAGAGCGUUGUGCACGGAGAUGCUCCCCAAAAGCCGAAAACUUUUGGGAGAAGAGGACGAUAUUACACUGGGCCUCCGUUAUUCUUACGCCCAGGCGCUCGUCUAUAAGCCCGCCCCCUCACUGGAAGAGCUACGUCUGGCCGUGGCGGUGCUGGAGAAGCUCGAGCGGACUGCACUUAGGGUACUAGGGCCAUCGCACCCGAAGAUACCAGCAGUCCGACAGACACUGGGGCUGGCAAGGGGAAAACUUUUCACUGAUGUACUGCCUGCACGUAGUCGCCGCGAUGCCUAAGACCACAGUAUAGUUUUA